AUGAAGUUGUCCAUGAAUGUCUUCGUUGCCGCCUUGGCCAUUGGAUCUACCGGGGCCUUUGUGCUUCCACAAGCAGGAUCUGUCCGCAACAUCAAUCCUGCCUUGGAUGCCACUCUGAUUGAAAACUGGGAAUUGACCCAAGAUGGAUCCAUCGUUGGCCAAACCCAAGGUCACCCUGAUAUGACCGAUGGCGAGAUCAUUUCCACUUCUCCCUUGGUGAAUCCUCAGGCAGCCGUUCCUGCUUCUUUUGUUUCUACUCGCAGUGGAUCGCAAUACUUGUUGGGCACUCCACGAACUACGAAUGUUCCUGCUCAAGUCUACCCGCCACCAUCCCCAGCUGCCACUACCGACGACAAUUCCAUCACCAUCUCUCGUGAGACUUUCCUUGCUGGUGGAGCCAUUGCCGCUGUCGCUGCUUUGACUGCGGGUGUUAGUACUGUGUUGGGAGGUGGAACCACAAACGACAUUGCUGCUUCGUCUUCCACCGUGAGGGGCGCCCCUACCAGUAACCCCAUGAUGGCUGCCAAGAGUGGUCCCGAAUUUUCCAAGUUCACUCCUGGUCCUGUCGAACCCACCAACGAAAUCUUGACUCCCCGUGAAGUCAGUGAUUUGUUUGAACUUUGGAAUUUGGCGUUGAAAACUGGAAAUCCUGACACCGUCGCCAUGCGUUAUGCCGAUGGUGCCGUGUUGCUCCCCACCAAGUCGGACAUUCCCCGAUCGGACUAUGCUGGCAUUCGUGAUUACUUUGUGCACUUUUUGGAAAAGAAACCAACGGGACGAAUUUUGGAAAGUUACAUCUCCACUUCUCCUGGAAGUGCCAUGGACGUUGGUAUCUACGAAUUUGCCUUUGAAAAUGGAAUGCGCAUCCGUGCCCGAUACUCGUUCUUGUACAAACUAGUGGAUGGACAAUGGAAGAUCAAGCAUCAUCACUCGUCGGGCAUGCCCGAAACUCCUGGCCAAGUGAUUAGCGAAGCCGAAGUUCGUGGACUUUUUGAUUUGUGGAACGACGCCCUACUCACGGGAGAUUCGGACGCUGUCACCAAACGAUACGCCAAGGGAGCCGUGUUGUUGCCAACCGUGUCGGACAUUCCACGUACCACCUAUGCAGGAAUCAAGGAUUACUUUGAUCACUUUUUGGAACUCAAACCAAAGGGCAAGAUCAUUGAGAGUUAUGUUAGCAUUGGCGAGAAUUGGUGCAAGGAUGUGGGGAUUUACGAAUUCCUCAAGGGAACGGAUGGUACUUCGGUCCGGGCACGAUACAGUUUUGUUUAUGUCUUUGAAGAUGGUGAAUGGAAGAUUAGUCACCAUCACUCGUCGCUCAUGCCAGAAGAACUUUUGGCCAAGGCCAAGAAGGCAUAA